AUGGCAAAUUGUUCUCGAGUUUCUGGGAAGCUAUUCCUUUUAUCUAUUAUAUUAUUAUUACCAUAUAUUAUUAAUUAUGCAAAUAACAAGGGAAACAAUCACAAUGUAUCAUUUGCAACAAAUAACGAAUUAAAAAGAUUAUUAGCAGAACCAGCAAAUGAUCUCGAGGCCAAUAACAACCCCCAAUAUGGUGCUGUCAAUUAUAAACCAGUUAAUGCCGCCAAUGCUAGCCCAGUUAAUGCCGCCAAUGCUAGCCCAGUUAAUGCCGCCAAUGCUAGCCCAGUUAAUGCCGCCAAUGCUAACCCAGUUAAUGCUGCCGAUGCUAACCCAGUUAAUGCUGCCGAUGCUAACCCAAAUGAUGAUGCCGAAUAUGACCCAGAUGAAGAUUACUAUUCUGAUGCAGAAUCUUUCCUUGGAUCCGACUCAGAAUAUGAAAUGUUUUCUGACCCAGAAUCUAGCCUUGAAUCCGAAUCUGAAUCCGAACCCGAAUUUAUUAAUGAAGUCAGCCAUGAAGAAAGACCUAAGUUCUUUAGAAAGUCAAAACAAAAUAAUGAUGAAUCACAAACAGAAGAGAAUGAUGUUGAAUCCAACCAAGGAGCCGCAGGAGGAAUGCCAUUAAAUAAUUUAUUCCAAGGUGUUAAUCAAGACGAAAUUCAAAAAAUGUUUGCAACAAUGCCAUUCCAUAUAUCAAAUAUCAUAAAUUUCAAAGGAAUGCUAAACAACGAUGUAUCGAAUGAUGAAGAAGUCGAUGAAGAAAAAAAGGCACAUAUGGAUGCAAAAAUAGGUAAAAUCGGAAAUAUGUUAACCGAGUUUAUAUCAAAAUUCAAUUUAGGAGACUCUAUACAACAAAAUAUGGAUGAGAUUAUAGGCCUCACUCAAAAUUGUGAUUUGGACUCAGAUCCUAUGUCUUUCUUAAAAUUUAUAAGUGUUGCUACAACCUUAGCUAGUUCAUUCGCUGACACAUUCAAGGAUGAAAAUGGAAAACCUGAUAAACGUAAAAUGCAGGAACAAGGUAAAUUAAUGAGCGAACACAUGCAACAUAUAAUUAAAGAAGUAAGCAAACCAUUGCCAGAAGCACAAACAAAAAACAAACCAUCCAAAAAUUAA